AUGAAUGCAAAACGCGAUAAGCGGGGUGCGCUGCUUACCGAGAGUGACCUUCCGCGCACCUGUGAUUUCUUGAGUAGUGAAAUUUUGAAGUAUUUACAAGACAACUGCAACAUCGCGUACUUCGACGACAACAUGGACGUCAAACGGCAGAUCGACGAGAUCGCGGAAAUUAACGACGUAUCCAUUAUCAGUGAGUUUAAAGAGCUUUUCACGACCAUUGCAGAGGCGUAUGGGGAAGGGACGCCGUCUGCCGUUAUAGCUUCGAUGUGUCUUGAAGCCAUCAAAGAGUUUGAGCUCCAAUAUGUUUUACCGGAGGACGUCCAAAAAGAGCGAAAGCGGGAAGGGAGAGGUCUCUUUGGUGAUGAUUCGACGAUCAAGAAGAAGAAGAUUGAGAUGUUAGUUGCGAAGUAUGCGAAGCGCGUCUUAACAGAAGAGAGGUGUAAUGAGAUCGAUGCGUACAAGCGGGAGCGCGACAAUUUGAUUCAACAGAAGAAUCUCCUUGAAGAUGAGAUCACUCGCCUGCAAGAAGAGUUGAAAGAUUCGAUCGAAAAGGUCAUCCUUGAAAGAGCAGAGCCCACCGAUGAGUCAAAAGAGUUUAAAGAACCUCCACUCAUCAAGAAGACAAAGAUCAAAAAGAACAAAAAAGACUCCGAGAAGAUCAACUUUAAACUCUCCACAGAGACUCCAUCGCUCAGAGAGUCCGAGGAAAACGUCUUCAAAGAAAAAGACCAAACCGAGAUGAGGACUAUCAUCGAGAAGUUGACUCAGAUGCCUCCAGACCAACUCGAAAAGAUCAAAAACAUCGUCGAGCCCGGCGGAGAGGAAGUCGUCAAAUUUAACUUAACCACACUGUCCGACGACAAAUUCAGGUUGGUCAAGGACGCUGUUAUGAAUUUUUGA